UCUGGGGUUACCAGUUUAGGUAAACAUUUGAUAGCAUUCACACCAGGAAUAAAUCUGAAGAUGAAGGUUCUCUGUACACUACUAUUUCUACAGUUUGCGUUGAUGACAAAGGGAUUCUUAUUUGAUUUGACAAAAGACUCCGGUGAAUGUAACAGCCUGAAACUCUUUUGUCCACCCGGAUGUGCUUCGAUGACACCUAGCGGAUGCAAAUGUGACUGCGCACACCAUUUUGAUCCAUCGAAUCCGGGAAACACUUUCAAUGGUGGAAACAAAACUCCUAAACCAAAUAUAUCAGGAGGAUCCUGUAACACUGACUGGAGAAAUUGUCAUCAACCAUGUGCCACUAAAUCUAACCCUGUGUCUGGAUGUAUAGAAUGUAGCUGUCCAGCAGUCCAAACAACCACACCAGUCCAAACACCUACACCAGUUGCUAAAAUGUCUUCAAGAACAACAGAACAUCACAACACUGUUCAUUCAAAUAGUCAACAGUCUUCUGCAAUUUCUACAACAAGCAAACCUACAAGUAUGUCGGAAACACAGACACUGCUGACGGCAAAACAUACUUCAACCGCCCCACAGCCAUUAGUUCAGUCAACAGAAAUAUCCACUAAAAGCAAAGUUAGCACAGAGAUUAAAUUCCCGGAUGUCUUCACCACCCCACAUGUACCUGCACCGGAAGUAACGAGUUACCAAACAACAAAAGGCACCACUCUUCAUAUGAUUGUAUGUGCCGAAGUUUUCGACUGUGAUUUAGAAUGCUAUACAGGAUAUUCUACGGAUGAUAGUGGAUGUCCUUUGUGUAAAUGUGCACCUCUUCCCACAGGUUUCGUUUAAAAUAACACAGAUACAAUAAACGGAAAAUAUGACCUUAUUGUUCACAUUAUUGACCUUUGACUUUAAUGGAUACAUUAAGUUGUCUUUUCGUCAGUCAUACCAAAUCAUCUAAUAUGACAGUAUUCGCAUUUGUAAAAAAUCUUUUGGGUCCUAAACGUUCACUAUUGACUUACCAAACAUGUGGGUCGACCCUACCAACUCCAGAAACGUUUUGUGCAUAUGGAAUAACAUUUCCUUGCUACUAUAUCUAGAUCAGUUAUAUUUAGUUAGUUAAUAAUUAAUCGCUCAAGAACAAAGAUAUGUGAGUUUGCGUAAAUGUAAUCUGUACAAGGGACACCAUCACUCAGUCUAGCAUUACAACAUUGAGGUUUUAUGUGGAACCAAAAUAUUUCUCAUCACUAGUGAAAAAUCUGUUCUCAGCAAAUAGUUAUUGGUCGAAAUUUAUCUUGGUAUCUUCUGAAUUUUAU